AUUUUGCUAUUAAUACAUAAUACAUUAUAGUACGUAUAGUGUUUAAUGCAAUUGAUGCAUAAUACUUUGUGAUGUCAUAAAAAAUUAGUUGUAUUUUUAUCACAUAACAGAAGCUACAUAGUUGUCUUGUUGAUUGUACUUAACUACUUGAGUGUAUACGGAUGUGCGUCAGUCCCCACAUUGACAUAAGUAGUAUAAACAAAAAUGUAUCCGUAAUUGACAAAUGGGUCUCGUACUCAGGAAUAUUUCAGCUUCAGUUUAAUCAUAUGCAUCCUGUAGUCAAGAACUCUGCACCAUGACGUCUGGAUCUAGAAACAUAGAUUUGUUUUUUUUGCAAUCUAUGAUUGACAAAACCGAACCUGGAGUGAAAAUUAAUUCGUACGAAAUAGCGUUAGGGUCAAAACGAGGUGAUAACUAUACAUCAAUGUUGUACAGGAUCCAACUGUAUGGCGACAACGGAUGGUCAAAGUCUCUGAUCUACAAAUGUUUGCCCGAUAACAGACAGGCUAGAAAUACGUACAAAUCCGAAAUACUGUUUAACAACGAAGUAACAUUCUAUACAAAAUCGUUUACAGCAUUGACGAAAUAUCAAGAGCACAAAAAAUUGGUUGAACCUUUUAAUAGUGUGCCGAAAUGUUAUUUGGCCCAAAGUGAUAUUGUCAUAUUAGAAGAUAUGCGAUGCAAAGGAUUCACAAUGCUAGACAGGAUGAAGGGUCUUGAUUUUAAUCACUGUAGAGCCAUACUAAGAGUUUUGGGAAAAUUCCACGGGUUAUCGCUGUCUAUGAAAGUCGACGAACCGGAAAAGUUUAAAGAAUGCAUUUCGGACGCAAUAAAUGAAGUUUACUACAAGAGUGAAAACGAAUUGUGGUACAAAGGAUAUUACAGACGAGCUGCAGAGAAUGCAGAGAAAAUGCUGGAGUCUGAAUUGACCGAAGAUGAGAAACCAAAAUAUUUGGAUAAAUUUCGAAAAUUUGUCAACCACGAAUCAUUCUUUGGGUAUAUGGUGGGACUGGUAUCCCCAAAAGAAUCGCUAGCUGUGCUCUGUCAUGGUGACUGUUGGACAAACAAUUUUUUGUUUCAAUACGCUCAAGACGGAAGUAUAUCUGAAGUGUCUAUUGUAGAUUUUCAGUUGGCUAGGUACGGUUCUCCCGCAUUGGACUUGGUCAGUCUUUUGUAUUGCUGUACCAGCGCAGAGUUAAGGAAACAGUAUUUACCUGAACUUUUGGAAGAAUAUUACGAUUCAAUUGUCAGUAUUUUAACGCAAACAGACUGCUUGAACCAUUAUCCAAAUAUUCGACAAAAGUUGUACGAAGAGGUGCGUGAAUACAACGUGUUCGGUCUAGGAGUAGCACUAGACAUGAUACCAAUCAUUACAUGUGACUCGGAAUUGGCUCCGGACAUGUAUACCGAAGAUACGAUUAACGUAGACGACGAACCCAGCAAGGAACCUUACCCCGUCAUGACCUCAAGCAACUUGUGCCGCCAAAUGAUUGCCGACUUGGUUAAAGAACUCGUAGAUAACGGAUGUUUAACAUAAUUGGUUGGGCCAGUCAAGACGAUGUACGAUUGUCAUAUUUUGUCGUUUAUUUAUACAUAUAUUGUAGCCGUAGAUAUUAUGAAACCUGAAGUUUUGUUGUUUAUUAUUUUUUUUUUUUUUUAAUUUGUAAUUCUCAUUACAUUAUUAUUGUCAUUUAAUAAUAUUA